AUGGACACCACGGCGAUUCGAGGCCUCCUCGCGGCCAGUUUGGACCCCGAUGCCGACACGAGAAGGAGGGCUGAGAUCCAGCUGAAGCAGGUACGACAACUCUCGUUUAUCUCCAGUCUCCCACCACCCCCGAUGCCGUCCAACAUGGACGUCGUCCUCCUUCCUGGCCGUCCCCCCUCCCCCACGAAAUGGCCCCCCUACCGCUCCGAACCGAUCCGCACCAUAUCGCACGCACGUACUGCACACAUAUCACACGCCCGUACCAGACGCACACGCACACAAGUGUCUACACGUCCAUGGAUGGCCGGCUACCUUCGCAUCGUUACUCUACGCUUUGUGCUGCCCGCUCCGAUGAAGACGUGUACAGUGCCGAGCGCUUCGGGGGAGGAGGGCGGAUGGACCAUGCCCACGUCGCGACUCUUUGUUGAACCGAUCGAAGAGCACCCGGGGUUUAUGGACGUUCUCCUCGAAGUCCUCCAGAACGAGCAGGAUAACAGUGUACGACUAUCAACUGUCAUUUAUAUCAAGAACCGCGUGAACCGGGGAUGGGAAAAGUCGGAUCACAACCCCAACGACACACCAAUCGCCGAAGAUGAGAAAGCGCGCUUUCGCGACCGCCUGCUGCCCAUCAUGGCCGCCUCUCAGGGGCUGGUCCGGCAGCAGCUGAUUCCCGUCCUCCAGCGCAUUCUGCAUUUCGAUUUCCCCGAGAAAUGGCCCAACUUUAUGGACUACACAAUGCAGCUCCUCAACACGAACGACGCCCCCUCCGUCCUCGCCGGUCUGCAGUGCUUGCUCGCCAUCUGCCGUGCCUACCGCUUCAAGUCUUCCGACGGCGACAACAGAGUUCACUUUGACAAAAUUAUUGAGGCUAGCUUCCCUAGACUGCUGGCCAUCUGCAACGAGCUGGUUGCUCAGGAGAGCGACGAGGCUGGCGAGAUGCUGCAUCUGGCUCUCAAGGCGUACAAGCACGCGACCUGGCUCGAGCUCUCUGCUUUCCUGCGCGCGCAGCAGACCAACUUUGGCUGGUGCACCGUUUUCCUUCAGACCGUUUCCAAGACGAUCCCGGCCAGCGCCAUGGUCGACGACUCAUACGAGCGUGAAAAGCACCACUGGUGGAAGGCGAAGAAGUGGGCGUACUUCAACCUCAACCGUCUGUUCAUUAGACAUGGCAACACGCAAUCUGUCGCCAACACCAAGGACGAAGAUGCGGUUCGCUUCGCCAAGGAGUUCUCCGCCACGAUUGCCCCCGAGAUCCUCAAGCACUACCUGCAAGAGAUUGAGAAGUGGGUUGCAAAGACAACCUGGUUGAGCAGACCCUGUCUGUCCUACACCCUCGUUUUCCUCGACGAGUCCGUACGCCCCAAGGAGAUGUGGAACCACCUGAAGCCCAACCUUCAGAACUUGGUGACACAUUUCGUGUUCCCCGUUCUCUGCCUUUCCGAGGAGGACAUCGAGAAGUUCGAGGACGAGCCCGAUGAGUACCUCCACAGGAAACUCAACUUUUACGAGGAGGCAUCAGCACCGGAUGUGGCGGCCACCAACUUCCUCGUUGGCCUGACCAAGAACAGGAGAAAGCAGACCUUUGAAAUCCUCAAGUUUGUCAACGCCGUGGUCAACGAGUACGAGCAGGCGCCGGAUGACAAGAAGAACCACAUUGCCAAGGAGGGUGCCUUGAGAAUGAUCGGUACUCUGGCGCCUGUCAUUUUGGGCAAGAAGAGUCCCAUCGCCGACCAGGUCGAGUACUUCCUCGUCCGCUACGUUUUUCCCGACUUCACCAGCCCCCAGGGCUAUCUCCGUGCCCGGGCUUGCGACACGAUCGAGAAGUUCGAGCAGCUCAACUUCCAGGACCAGAACAACCUCCUCACCAUCUACCGCCACAUCCUCGACUGCAUGGCUGACGUUGCCCUGCCUGUCCGUGUUACUGCUGCCCUCGCUCUGCAGCCCCUUAUCCGUCAUGACAUUAUUCGCACAAGCAUGCAACAAAGCAUCCCUACUAUUAUGCAACAGCUUCUCAAGCUCGCCAACGAGGCCGAUAUCGACGCUCUCGCCAACGUCAUGGAGGACUUCGUUGAGGUCUUCGCCACUGAGUUGACGCCUUUCGCCGUCGCUCUGAGUGAGCAGCUUAGAGACACAUACCUUCGCAUCGUGCGUGAGGUGCUCGACAAGAACAAGGAUAACGGUGACGAUGAGUAUGGUGACUACCUCGAUGAGAAGAGCAUCACUGCUCUUGGUGUUUUGCAGACCAUUGGAACUCUUAUCCUUACUUUGGAGAGCACUCCUGACGUUUUGCUGCACAUUGAGGCUGUUCUCAUGCCCGUCAUCCAGGUCACCCUGGAGAACAAGCUGUACGACCUGUACAACGAGGUAUUUGAGAUCAUCGACAGCUGCACAUUCGCUGCCAAGGGCAUCUCACCUACCAUGUGGCAAGCUUUCGAGCUCAUCCAUGCUACCUUCAAGGCCGGUGCGGAGCUCUACCUCGAGGACAUGCUGCCUGCCCUCGACAACUUUGUCCAGUACGGUGCUGGCCAAUUGGUCCAGAAGCCAGAGUACAUCGAGGCACUCUUCUCCAUGAUCUCUGAUAUGUUCAACGAUAACAAGGUUGGGGGCGUCGAUCGUAUCUGCGCUUGCAAGCUGGCCGAGGCGAUGAUGCUGAACCUGCGUGGCCACAUCGACAACUACGUUUUGCGCUUCAUCGAGUUCGCCAUGAACGUUCUCAACGCCCAGGAUGUUAAGGUCAAGGCCUACAAGAUCCACCUCAUGGAGCUGGUCAUCAACUCCAUCCACUACAACCCCAUCCUCACUCUGCACAUCCUCGAGACCAAGGGAUGGACUAACAGAUUCUUCAGCCUGUGGUUCGGCAGCAUGGGCAACUUCACCAGAGUCCACGACAAGAAGCUUUGCAUUGUCGCCAUCUCUGCCCUCCUCAGCCUCAAGGCUGAUCAGGUUCCCCAGAGCGUUUCCGUCGGAUGGCCCCGACUGCUCCAGGGCAUCACUGAGCUGUUCAAGACCCUCCCGGCUGCCAUGAAGAACAGGGAAGAGGCACUCCGUGACGAUUAUCACCUCGAGGCCGGCACGUACGAUUAUGGUGACGAGGAUGAGUGGGCUGAGGAUGAGGCCAACUGGAACGUCGAGGAUGAGCCUGAAGAGGAAGAGGCUACCGAGGCUCGUGAUGAGAGCACGGCGUACCUGGAGUUCCUCAACGAGGAGGCCCAGAAGUUCAGCCGCGGUGUCGAGGACAUCGAGUCUGAGGAUGACUUGGGUGAAGACAGCGUUCUUCUUGAGUCUCCGCUGGACAAGGUUGACCCUUACCAGCUGUUCAGCGCUACUUUGAUGAAGAUGGAGGAGGAGCAGCCUCAGUUCUAUCAGUCUUUGGCUUCUCAUCUGACCGCCGAGGACCAGGCUGCCCUGCAGGGUGUCAUGCAGAAGGCCACCGAAAAUGCCCAGGCCGCCCAGCUGGCCCUUGCCCAACAACAAGGUGCUGCCCCCGUCAACGGCGGUGCCAGCUAA